AGUUGCUCUUAAUCCAGGUCUUCUAAUGGAGGGAAAGGAUUCCCAGCGUCAUUAAAACCCUCGUGCACGCCAGAUGGGCAGAGUUUUAGGAAGGUUUUCCCGUGCAGCCUCCCGGGACGCUCGGGGGUCAGGUGGGACGGCGGGAGGACCUGGGCGCGGCGCCGGUGGCGGUGAAGCCGGAACCCCGGCCUCCGCCCAUUGGUUGGCGUUUGGACCCUUGCCGGGCACUCUGCAGCCCGCGUGGCCGCGCCCUCCCGGAACUGGCGGGGCGUCGUGGCGGUGCGAGCCAUGGAGGUCCUUCCCGCGGGUGGGACGCGGGACCCGCUGCGAGCCGAGGAGGAGGAGGAGGUGGCGGCGGUGGUGGCGGGGCACCCGGCGGGCGAGGGCGACGAGGAGCCGCAGCCCCCCGGCCGCACGAGCCGCACGGCGUCCCUGGUGAGCGGGCUGCUCACCGAGCUCUACAGCUGCACAGAGGAGGAGGAGGUGGCGGCCGCAGCCGGCGGGGACCGUGCGUGCCGGGGCCGCCCCCCGCGCAGCGACAGCCUGGAUAGCUCCACCGAGACCUCGGGUUCCGACGCCUUCCUGGGCGGCCGCGGCGUGGGCGACUCCCGGGUGCUGCAGGAGCUGCGGCAGCGGCCGAGCCUGCGGCUGCAGAUGCAGUACCUGCGGCGGAAAGACUCCAGUGAGCUGAAGACAAUCCUUCGAGAGCUGAAGUACAGGAUUGGCAUCCAGUCGGCGAAGUUACUCCGGCAGCUGAAGCAGAAAGACCGACUCCUGCAUAAGGUUCAGAAGAACUGCGACAUUGUGACAGCCUGCCUGCAGGCUGUGUCACAGAAGAGAAGAGUUGAUACAAAAUUGAAGUUCACACUUGAGCCAUCUUUAGGCCAAAAUGGUUUUCAGCAGUGGUAUGAUGCUCUCAAGGCCGUGGCCAGACUGUCCACAGGGAUCCCAAAGGAAUGGAGGAGAAAGGUCUGGCUGACCUUGGCAGACCACUAUUUACACAGCAUAGCCAUCGACUGGGCCAAAACCAUGCGCUUCACCUUCAACGAGAGGAGCAAUCCGGACGACGACUCAAUGGGGAUCCAGAUAGUCAAGGAUCUACAUCGCACAGGCUGUAGCUCCUACUGCGGCCAGGAGGCCGAGCAGGACAGGGUGGUACUCAAACGGGUGCUGUUGGCGUACGCCCGGUGGAACAAGAAUGUUGGGUACUGCCAAGGCUUCAACAUCCUGGCUGCUCUGAUUCUGGAGGUGGUGGAUGGCAAUGAGGGGGAUGCCCUGAAGAUUAUGAUCUACCUGAUCGAUAAGGUGCUCCCUGAGAGCUACUUUGUCAAUAACCUCCGGGCACUGUCUGUGGAUAUGGCCGUCUUCAGAGACCUCUUGAGAAUGAAGCUGCCUGAGCUGUCCCAGCACCUCGACGCUCUGCAGAGAACGGCAAACAAAGAAAGCGGAGGCGGAUACGAGCCCCCGCUCACCAAUGUCUUCACGAUGCAGUGGUUCCUCACCCUCUUUGCCACGUGCCUCCCUAACCACACGGUUUUGAAGAUCUGGGACUCCGUCUUCUUUGAAGGUUCAGAGAUCAUCCUGAGGGUGUCGCUGGCCAUCUGGGCGAAGCUGGGAGAGCAGAUAGAGUGCUGUGAAACAGCAGAUGAGUUCUACAGCACCAUGGGGCGUCUCACCCAGGAGAUGUUGGAGAACGACCUCCUGCAGAGCCAUGAACUCAUGCAGACUGUUUACUCGAUGGCUCCGUUCCCUUUCCCACAGUUGGCAGAGCUGAGGGAAAAGUAUACUUACAACAUUACACCAUUCCCAGCCACAAUCAAACCCGCUUCAGUUCCCGGGCGACAUGGGAAGGCCAGAGGUAGUGAUGAAGAGAAUGACCCGGAUGAUGAAGAUGCCAUUGCUAGUGCCGUGGGAUGCCUUGGACCUUUCAGUGGGCUCCUGGCACCUGAACUGCAAAAGUACCAGAAGCAGAUUAAAGAAGUGAGUGAGGAACAGAGCCUGAGGUCCAACAACAUUGCGGAGCUGAGCCCGGGAGCCAUCAACUCCUGUCGGAGCGAAUACCACGCGGCGUUCAACAGUAUGAUGAUGGAGCGGAUGACCACGGACAUCAACGCCCUGAAGCGGCAGUACUCGCGAAUUAAGAAGAAGCAGCAGCAGCAGGUCCAUCAGGUGUACAUACGGGCAGACAAAGGACCAGUCACCAGCAUCCUUCCAUCUCAGGUAAACAAUUCUCCGGUGAUAAAUCACCUCCUGCUAGGGAAAAAGAUGAAGGCGACACACAGAGCAGCCAAGAAUGCAGUCAUCCACCUCCCCGGCCACGCAGGAGGCAAAAUGUCGCCCGUCCCCUACGAAGACCUCAAGACAAAACUCAACUCUCCGUGGCGGACGCACAUCAGAGUCCACAAGAAGAGCAUGCCGAGGGCCAAGAGCCAUCCGGGCUGUGGGGACACCGUAGGGCUGAUAGAAGAGCAGGGUGAAGGCUGUAGGGCGGGCAGCCUGGGGGCGGCUGAGGAAUUCCCUUCCCCUUGUGCGGCGGGGGCGGCGGCUGCAGCGGCUGCAGCUCAUGGCGAGGGCGGCGGCUGUGACGGCGGCGGCGGCGGCGGCGGCGGCACCCCGAGGACGAUCGAAGGGCAGUCUCCGGAGCCAGUAUUUGGGGACGCUGACGUUGUGGAUGUGGCCGCGGUGCAGGUGAAACUAGAAGCCUUGGAACUGAACCAGAGGGAUGCCCCCGCAGAAACGGAGCCCAAGGCGCACCUCCCCUGCCAGCGGCACGCCCCGGAGUCCGCCUGUGGCCCUGGAGAAAACCAGGCGACCAGCAAACCUCCCCCGGGCGGCAGCUCCAAAACUACCAUCUUCAGUCCCUUCCCUAGUGUGAAGCCGCUCCGAAAGUCAGCCACGGCCCGGAAUUUGGGGUUGUAUGGCCCUACGGAAAGAACCCCCACCAUGCACUUCCCUCAGAUAAGCCGGAGCUUCAGCAAGUCGGGCAUUGGGAGCAGCAGCAGCAGCAGCACCAAGAAGCGGUGAUGCCUCCCUGCGGCGGCGGCGGCGGCGGCUCAGUGUCUGGACUCACGUGGCACGGUGGUGUUCGCCUGCCUGCCCUUCCUGUUUGGUUUGUCCAGUGAAAAAUGAAUGGAGAGGUUUGGAGCCCAGCACCAACAGCCCAUCCCAUUGGGAAUCGGAAGUUUCACGGUGGGAACCAGGGUGGGGACCUUGCCUACCCACCGGGUAGCCGGUGAAGUGGAUUCUCGUGACUGAAUAAAUCGUGUGCUUCUCAAGUGUGGAGUUCCCCCAAUUUUCCUUGUGAGCUCUUUAGAUAAGACAACUUGUAGACUGUUAAGCCCUCCUCUGGCCUUCUCGGGGCCUUUUUGGAAUCCCUGAAACAAUAUCAUAUUCCCCUGGCCUUCCUGUCCUCUGGACAUCACAAAUACUCAAAGCAUGAACGAACAUACCAGCUUGCUAGAACCGAAACGGUAGAAAGUAAGUUUCUUAGUUGCAAAAAAAAAAAAAAAAAAACAACGUCCCGAAGUUCCUCUUUCUGCUCUGUUGGAGAGGGCAGGGAAUUUGUGUGUGUAUGAUGAGUGUGUGUGUGUGUGUGUGUGUGUGUGUGUCUCCUUUACCACCUGUCUUCAAACUGUUUUUUAUUCUUAUGCCGAAGCAUAGCCGAAAAAUCAAGAUAGCCUUUCUUGACCUUUCUACUUGUACCUGUGAAAAGAAAACCGUUCAGUCAGUUGAAAUCAAUAACCAGUUCCAAGAGCACACGCAGAGACACACCCCGUGGGCUAUGCACCUGAACUGCCUGCUGAUUCCAGCCCUUCCUGAGGCUCGUUUUCUUCUCUCAAGGACUCGGUGAGCUCUGUGUGCGUCCUCCAGACGGACGUGGUUCCUACACCUACCAGCUCUCUCCACUGCAGACGCACAGCGCCUUGCCAGUAGCCGGAACGCAGCACCCGGGACUCUUGUUACUUGAAUUUGGGGCUUUUGGGGUUGGAGUGCUUUGCUACUUGAACACUGCCUUUCUCUGGAGAAGGUCUCAGCUCUUUUCUCUCAAGUUCCUCUCUCUCAUUUCACUCCUGUCCGGGUCCCAGCAGGUCAGAGGUAGUACCUCUUGUCUCCACUAUGCAGUCGGGAACUCUGUGCCACACACAGGGAGAGUGGCACUUUGGUGACUAUUUACUUUGGUAAAUAACCCAGAGUCUCCUAGGACCUCACCGGGUGUCUUCUAGUACGAUAAGCUGGCUCACUGUUCUUUGUCCACGUCCCCUGGCCACAGAGCUUGUCUGAGCCAAGACGGGGAAGCCAUUCACUACACAGCCUCCUGACUCUAAGGCGCUUUCUAUAGACUCCUGGAACGGUGUUUACAGAAGGAGCUGCGAAACCUUCUCCUCACGAAAACGGAGUUCCUUUUCAAAACGCUUCAUGCACCGCUCCUGUGGCUGGACGGAGAGCUGCCUGCCCACUCAGUCUCCACCGUCAUUAGUGGAAAAGAGUGACUGACACCUUUCCCUCCGUCUCGGGAAGACUUUGGCAGUUCUUGCAGGAAUAAUACCGUUGAAGCUGUCAGCGUUCAUUUCAGCAAGUCGGUUUGCUAAUUCUGAAGCCAGAACUGGUUUCAGAGGGGGCUUUUUACAAUGAGAAUUACUCAUUUUUUUUUUUUUAAAUAAGAUCGUGGAAUUGUGUGGGCUUUUUUUUCCGAAGGAAAAACCUCUACAGGAAUGACACAUUGCAUCCCCUACAUGGUAUUUUUGCUCCAAAGGAACCUGAAAAUGCAAUGAAUCGCUGAUAAGUUGUCACAGUUUGGGCCUUGAAGUUCUAUCUGAAGUUAGCAGGGCCUUCUCAACAGGCAGCCAUGUUCUUCCUAGGCCUGGGGAAGGAUGUGUGUGUUGGGGGGGCAUCGGGCUUUCUUUGCAUAGCACCCCCAGGUGAUGGGACCCACUGUUUCCAAAGCUAAGCACAAGAAAAGGAUUCCUUUUAUCCACUAAACUUCAGAUAACAAACUGUCUCUUCAACUUUUCUCUUGAUGAUCCCAAAUAAGCAACCCCAACUCCCCCUUCCCGCCCUCCCCCGUCUGUCUGUCUGUCUGUCUGCCGUGUGUGACUUGAAUAGUAAAGUGUUCACUCUCUACCAAGCUCCCUGGCUCCCUGAGGGUCUGGGUGUGUGGAGCGGGGGUGGGGGAGGGUGGGGGGAGGUGGGUAAUCAGGUGGGACUGCCUACCAGCCAUUCUAUCAGUAUCCGCUCUCCCUUAUGUCUGGAGAAAGAGGCGAAAGAGACGGCACAGGGUAUGGGGUGAGUUAUCCAUUGAACAGUUGAAUGGAAAAUGGUCUUCUUUGCAGCAAAAAAUGACCACGUCAAUUUAGAAAACCCAGCAGAUUCCCGUUAAAGCUCUCUGUACCAAGACCGUGCAUGCACCGUAUACCACAAGUAAUCACAAUGUGAACCGGCCGACUUCUCAGCCUUGCCUCUUAGGACAAGAGCUCCGCCGCCGCCGUCACGGCCUCUCCCACACAGCAUGCACCAAGGCCUUUGCGCACCGGCCGUCUUCCCCGCGAUUCGGGCACCGUAUGCAAACACACCGGGAGAACUUAACCGUAGGAGUUUGUCUCCACGUCUGCCUGUAUUCUCUGAGCACUUUUUUUGGGGGGGAGUCAACACUGCACCUCAGUCCUCUCUCAAAGCCACUAACUAGAUCUACACCUAGUUUGUAAUGUCGACCCAUGGCUGUAACUGUUUGGAACGAUGUUCUCCUUUGCUCUCUCUCGUCUCGUUCUGAUGAACUGUUACCGAUGACAGAGAUAUAUGCAUAAAGUUUCUCACUGUUGUAGCCGU